CCAAUCCCCACUCCUCAUGCCCAAACCUUACUACGUCGACACGUCGAGAAGAUCCGACCCAGCAAUUGCGAUUUAUUUUCAAGAUGGAUUCACGGGUGCACAUCAGUGUAAUUCAAAAAAAUAACACACUGCGGCUGACACGGUGCACGGUGUGCUGUACCAAAUAUCACUGCCCCCUUUGCCCCACUUCAUUGUACAAGCCCCGGUGUAGGGCAAAGGUUUUGCAGCACAUGGAGGUGCAUGUAAAAAAUGCCAUUCAACAUGAAGAUUUCUUCAUAACAAAAUGCCACCAGGCCUGCAGGAGUGGAAGCAGUGGCCACUUCCACUGCCCUAUCUGCCUCAGGACCACAAUAAAAAGGCAGGAUACCCUGAGGCAUUUGCAGAUCUGUAGGCCACCUCUCCAUGACGCCCAGGUAGACGCUGAUGCUGACUGCAAAGAGGAGGGCGUCACCUCCCAGACCGAGGAGGGCAAAGCGGGAUCUGUGGACCUACCUCAUCUCAGCAAGGACAGACUGCCUGCAUCGGUACAUGAUAGUGAAAUGCAAGGACCAGGAGAUCCAGCGGAGAGACCCCAAGAUCCAUCGCCACAAUCCGUCUUGCUAUUCAGUCCUCGCUUGGACCACCCUCCCUGCAGAGUGCCCCGUGAAAAGCUGCCAAAUGUACUUUGUCCUCACUGCAAUGUGCAGUUCCUCAGAAAAAAUUUAAAGAAGCACCUAUACAGAAAACACGCCGAUAAAGCUGUGGGAGACAUCGCUGCAAAUUCCCAUGCUGAUGUUGAUGAGAGGGAUAACAAAGGCGCUGUGAAAAAGUCGUUUCUUGGACCACUUUUGCCACUUGAUCUCCAAAACAAAACCUGGGGGAAAGGGCACCAAAUCAAGUGCGAGCCCAGUGAGUGCGAAAUUGCCGAGUCGGGUAUGGCUGCAGCCGGGAGCCUCCCGUCUCGUGCCUGGGCGUAUCCUGCGGUGCACAUCAGUGUAAUUCAAAAAAAUAACACACUGCGGCUGACACGGUGCACGGUGUGCUGUACCAAAUAUCACUGCCCCCUUUGCCCCACUUCAUUGUACAAGCCCCGGUGUAGGGCAAAGGUUUUGCAGCACAUGGCGGUGCAUGUAAAAAAUGCCAUUCAACAUGAAGAUUUCUUCAUAACAAAAUGCCACCAGGACUGCAGGAGUGGAAGCAGUGGCCACUUCCACUGCCCUAUCUGCCUCAGGACCACAAUAAAAAGGCAGGAUACCCUGAGGCAUUUGCAGAUCUGUAGGCCACCUCUCCAUGACGCCCAGGUAGACGCUGAUGCUGACUGCAAAGAGGAGGGCGUCACCUCCCAGACCGAGGAGGGCAAAGCGGGAUCUGUGGACCUACCUCAUCUCAGCAAGGACAGACUGCCUGCAUCGGUACAUGAUAGUGAAAUGCAAGGACCAGGAGAUCCAGCGGAGAGACCCCAAGAUCCAUCGCCACAAUCCGUCUUGCUAUUCAGUCCUCGCUUGGACCACCCUCCCUGCAGAGUGCCCCGUGAAAAGCUGCCAAAUGUACUUUGUCCUCACUGCAAUGUGCAGUUCCUCAGAAAAAAUUUAAAGAAGCACCUAUACAGAAAACACGCCGAUAAAGCUGUGGGAGACAUCGCUGCAAAUUCCCAUGCUGAUGUUGAUGAGAGGGAUAACAAAGGCGCUGUGAAAAAGUCGUUUCUUGGACCACUUUUGCCACUUGAUCUCCAAAACAAAACCUGGGGGAAAGGGCACCAAAUCAAGUGCGAGCCCAGUGAGUGCGAAAUUGCCGAGUCGGGUAUGGCUGCAGCCGGGAGCCUCCCGUUUCAUGCCUGGCAGUAUCCACUGGUACAUGAAAGUGAAGUGCAAGGACCGGGAGAUCCAGCAGAGAGACCCCAAGACCCAUCGCCAGAAUCCAUGUUGGACGACCCUCCCUGCAGAGUGCCCCGUGCAAAGCUGCCAAAUGUACUUUGUCCUCACUGCAAUGCGCAGCUCCUAAGAAAAAAUUUAGAGAUGCACAUUUACAGAAAACACAGAAAACAGAAAACAUGAGAGGAAUAGGAAAGAUGCUUUAUGCAUUGAUGAGAGGAAUGGUGAUGUCCAAAAUAAAACCUGGGGGAAAGGGCACCAAAUCAAGUGCGAGUCCAGUGAGUGCCAACAGGCCUGGGAGGAAAGGGAAAGUAAACUGAUGAUAAACUGAAAAUAAACACAAUUAAUGUAAGGAAGUCUAAUUUCGACCCAAACCUCAAUCUUUUUUUCUAAACUUUUUUUUUUUUUUUGACGAGAUGCCAUGCCACCAAAAAAAGCAUCCCGCAGAGGCUUAUGAGGUUCACAACAUUUAGCGAUCGAUCGACAUGCUGAUUGAGGUUCCUCUUGUUAGACGACAGCAGGUGACAAUCAUGAGCUUGACGGAGAAAGUGAAAGCCCCGCGCCACAAAACAUUUGAGAAGGACAAGCGGAUUAUCUUGCUGGGAAACCGGGUGGUUGGGCAGGUUGCAACAUUAAGGCUUGUCGCCCUCUCCCACGGAGAAAACAAAACGGAUAAACUACCAGCCAUCCUCAUUCGUUUUGCCAACAGGAAACCUACAACGCGAUUGCUGACACUGGGAAGACGGCUAAAGGGCAUGGAUGUGUAGUUGAAUGAACACCUGACUAGUCCAAAAACGCUGACGGUGCUAGAAAAGCCCCACUCUCUAGAAGGAAGAAGAAAAAAAAAAUACAAUCCACAUGGACUGCAAACUGCAAAAUAUCUGGAAGCUGAAUGGAACAGCAGUUCUAGUCAUUAGGGACCUGGAGGAGCUGGAUAAAUACCAAUGAGACAAACUAUAAUAAGAUAUGCAGCCUUAAUAGAUGACAUCUGGGAAGAAGAGGAACGUUCUACAGACCAACUGUGCUGACGCUGCGAGGUGAGUGCAGAGUUUCCGGACGACCACGUUGCUUCCUACUGUACUGGUCUGAUCCUUACCUGCAUCGUUUAUUUUCGGAAAUGUGUCACCUUUUUCAGCCCUUCUGAGUUUGCAGGAGUAUAGUACAUAGUAACAUUAUGAUGAGUUAAAGGCCUUGGACACCCGCACAGGUGUUUUCAGGUAUUCUGGCUGAUUAGAACUUCUUUCCAGGACUCUGUGGGUGUGUAUGAACUGAUUGAUUGACAUCUUCCUGAGCAUCCAGUUAGCUCUGUGGCACCUGUUAGGGCGGCACACACGACAUGACUUUAUCAUUCUUAUUGGUAGAUCAAAUUUGUGACGUUAUAACCGUGCGUUCAUGGACAUUUUCCAAAACAUUUUCCCGAGUGAAAGCGUCACCAUUCACGUAACAUCCUGUGGGAAUCGGAGGUGGGAAACUCGGGCUGGAUUUUGA